UUGUAUAGGACACCCUUUGGAUACGGUUCGGGUCGUGCAACAAGUUAAGAACGUCAACCCGUUCGUAGCUACCGGGGAGAUUUACAAACAGCAUAGAUUUUCAGGCUUCUACAGGGGAAUGAUGUUUCCCGUGUUAAGUAGCGGCGUGGUUAAUUCGGUGGUAUUCGGCGUUAAUGGAAACACCAUGAGAUACAUACAAACGCAUUUCAGAGACAACGUGUCGGAAAAUGACCGCUUGGUCCGUGUUUGUUGUAACUCUGAAAGUUUGCACAAAUACUGGCAUCUGGACUAUUUCGUUUCAGGUUGCGUUGCAGGAUUUUUCAGCACCCUAAUCAACAUACCGGUGGAACUUGUAAAAACCAUGCUUCAAGCAUCGAAUAUAUCUACACGCCCGACGGUGAGUUCGGAAAUUGGUCCGAUACAACUAACUCGAAUACUGUACAGACAAAACGGUAUACGUUCAUUAUACAGCGGAGGGAUCGUACUACUGCUCAGAGACGUACCCGCUACAGGGAUUUAUAUGUUGUCUUACGAACACAUUUGCUGUUUGUUAAGGUAUCAAACCGAAGAGCAACGGAAACCUGACGACUCGUUCUCGUGGUCUAUACAAGUAUUUGCCGGUGGCAUGGCUGGCGUAACCAGUUGGGCGAUGAUAUUGCCACUGGAUGUUAUCAAAACGAAAAUGAUGACCGAUAGUGGGAAUAGUCUUUACAACGGUAUUUGGGAUUGUAUUAGAACCACAUACAAAAGCGGCGGAAUAAUGCAAUUUUAUCAAGGGUUUUGGGUAACGUGUUUGAGAGCUUUUCCUGUCAACAGUGUCGCAUUUUUAGUCUACGAGUUUUUAUUGAAGACUUGUUCGGAUCCCGUAAAUGAGUCAACCGAUAUUAAAACAAAACAAUCAAAAUGGCUCGAAUAA